GUCUGCAAACACAUCCAUAUUGUUUUAGACGAUUUAUCCUCUGGCCAUCAAGCCCAGCAAUAUGAAACAUGGCCAUGUAUUUCCUCAACUUGCCAUCUUUAUCAAGCACAGAAUGCUGUGGAUGGAGCCAUACAGACUUGUAUGAGGACAUCAACUCUAGAAGUGAUAAGCAGUAAUAAAUCUAAACAUUACACCUGGUGGUAUGUCGAUCUUGGGGAUAUAAAGAGUGUGUACAAUAUCAGGAUUCAAUUCAAAGAUUAUGGUGCAAUUCAUGAGAAUAGGCAGAGAGGCCGUUUUGCAGGAUUUUCACUGUUCUUGUCUAAUUCAACAAGGAAAGAAAAUGGUCAGCAGUGUUACAGAAACGGACCUGAAUUACCUCCCCUUGAUUUUAAUACAACAUGCAUUGGUCAUGGGCGUUACGUCAUCUAUCACAAUGAAAGACUGUCAGGAAAACUUUACCCUGAAGGAUAUGAAGUUAAUUCUGUAACGGAGCUUUGUGAAGUGAAAGUUCAAGGAUGCAGUACACAGGGACAAUAUGGAGUGAACUGUUCACUCAAGUGCCCAGAAAAUUGCCAGGAAAAAAGAUGUAGUAUCCUGAGCGGGUCUUGUCUUGGCUGCAAAAAUGGAUGGCUCGGUGCUCAUUGUGAAAAGGAGUGUCAAGAAAGGUUUUAUGGACCUGAAUGUAAGAGCAUGUGUGUUGGACAUUGCAGGAUCAAUGAAACCUGUAAUCACGUGACAGGUUUGUGUACAGAAGGUUGUGGUGCAGGAUGGACAGGACAACUCUGUAACCAGGCAUGUGUGAUUGGACAUUAUGGGAACAACUGCGUGCAAAAGUGUAGUGAACACUGUCGAAAUGGUGCGACUUGCGACAGAAUGACAGGAAAUUGUGAUGGUGGAUGUGCAAUCGGUUAUUAUGGGAUUCGUUGUAAUGAUGUGUGUCCACCUGGAUUCUAUGGAGUGAAUUGUUCACACAAAUGUAAUACAAACUGCAGGAAUGAAUCUGAUUGUGAUGUUUUCAGCGGACACUGCAUCUCAGGUUGCAAAAUUGGAUACAGAGGACAGUCAUGCAAUGAAAAGUGUUCUGAAGGAUUUUAUGGACAAAAUUGUUCUAAGACGUGCAGCUUGGCAUGCAGGAACAAUUCAUGCCAUUAUCAAAGUGGCAUAUGCAAGCAUGGAUGCAAACCAGGGUAUAUGGGUAACAAUUGUUCUCAAGCAUGUUUACCUGGAAGAUUCGGAGAAGGCUGUUCACAUUUCUGCAGUAAUCACUGUAGAAACGCCAACGUCUGUAAUCAUGUAGAUGGAUCUUGUAAAAGCGGAUGUUCAAGUGGAUUUACAGGAAUGCAGUGUAACUUACCUUGCAAACCUGGAUUUCAUGGUCUUCAGUGUUUGACUGGUUGCUCGGGUAACUGUCUCGAGACUUGUAAUCAUUUGGACGGAUCAUGUUUAUGUAAGGAAGGUUGGACGGGUUCUCCCUUGUGCAACAAAGAGUGCACACCAGGAAAAUAUGGAGUAAAUUGUGGCCACACUUGUAGUGGAAAUUGCGCAGAUGGAGAUAUCUGUAAUAACAUAAACGGAAGUUGUCCAAAAGGCUGUAAAGAUACGUUCACUGGUGACAAUUGUGAUGAAUGUAUAAAAGGCUAUUACGGGGUGAAGUGCUGUCAUGAGUGUAGCUGGAACUGUGCUUUUAAUGAUUCAUGCAAUCAAACUGACGGAAGUUGCCCACGAGGUUGUAAUGCUGGAUACAUUGGAUAUAAAUGCGAUGAAGUUUUAUCUGACUUGUAUCAAGCAUUAGACGUUUUUGGAACAUAA